AAAAAAGCAAAAAAAAAAAGCAAAAAGUGGGAAAGCGCUGUUCAAGAUUCAGGCCUAUCUCAAACAUUCUACUUCUAAAAUAGUCUAUACACUAUAGAUCUAUAUUUCAAGUAGAUCAAAGCCUACAAUAGGCGGCACAUGUACAUGUUGUUGUUUUAGGGCACCGUAAGUUCUGCACUCAAUUUUACUUUUAUUAACCGUUCCCGGCGAAAUGUCGCUGUGAUCAAGAUGACCUGCUCUAAGCAACACCUGAAGAAAGUACCGUAACUCAGGUUUAUAACUUUUAAUCUGUAGUACCGGUGCCCGUAGUCCGUAGCUUUCCGUUGUAAACGUAGGUAAAACUCUAGCAUUUGGAAGAAUAAGGCAACGAGGACAGAAUCUCAACCAUUUGUGCAAGAUUUUUAUAAAAGUGUAAGAGCAUUUGUAGCCUACUCGUACAAUGCAAUCUACUCUGAAAAAAAGUUUUCUUCUCAGGUCAAAGCAUCUUGACAUGUCCAACUGGCAGAGCCGAGAUUUCAGAAAACGUCUCACAACUCAACGAACAAAGAAGGGUGCAAGUAAUUCGCAUCAUAACCCUCAGUUCACACAAGUGGUUAGGAGCGCUUUUCUGGUCCGUUAGGUUUUGCGGUAGGAGAAAGUGACGAACCCGUUAUUUCAUUGAAAAUAUUGGUGCCUAGAUUGAGAUAAUCCUCUUCUCUGUUUAUUCAGACGAGAUCGACCAAUCGCGACUCAGAGAACCUCGCUAACCCCAUGACGUCACAGCAGUAGCGAAAAAUCAAGAUGGAUGGCAGGCUCGGAACGAAGGAACGAAAUGUGCGGGUUAACCGGGAGACCCCUGGUUGUAUUGUCUGUUUGUGUACAUUCUAACGGAGACCUGGAUCUAAAUCAUAGUUUGCAGUAGUUCUGCUCUUUGUGUGUACAGUUUGUGACCUCCUGUGGUAGAACAAUUCAAUGCUGUGAAUAUUGUGAUGUGAGGAGUCAAACUUUCUGAAAUCUGGCAAUGAAGGAUUUAUCUCAACGACCAAGCAAAGGAUUAAACCUUUCCUCCUCCUAUCAGAUGUGUGUCGUGGUGAAUUUUCUUCUAUGAGCUGUAAGUGAAAAGGAAUGUGCGCUCCACAAUGGCUGCGUCUGAUCAGAGAAGGCACCCAUUGUUCCUGUUGUUCUUCGUGCUGUCUGUGUUGCUGUCAGUGUGCAAUUGCUGCAUUCAGUUGCCAAGUUGUAACUGCACAAUGGUCGGAUCUUCCAAGCGGCAAAGAGGGCGGAAGAUUGACUGCUCCCAGCACCCUGCUCCGUUCAAGACAUUGGUGGGCAAGUCGUUCCCACCUGACACAGUUCACUUAAACCUGGCUCACAAUGCUCUAGUUGCUCUCCGUCAGGGAUCUUUUAUUCACUUCUCAAGUCUACAAAAACU